UUGUUACUACAGUAACUAUAGUAAGUUAAGUACGCCUUCGUCUUUACGCGUUCACAAUAGUAGUUACCACUUUACCAGUUAUUGUGUCUGUUCACUACUAUUGCUACUGCACAGUUUAUAAUAUUUUGUUUUUUCUGUUUUAUCUAUAAUGCAUCAUUAAUUAAUCACUUCUAUACCAUCAAUGCAACUUAUUACAAGUUACAGCACUGUGUUGUGAAAAUAUACUUUUUUCAUCUUUUUGUUUGAGAUAACAUAACAAUAAUAGUUUUGUACUGAACACUAGACAGUGAAAUUUUGUUUAUUUUAAUUCGUUGAUUGUGUUGUAAUUUUUUUUUCUUUUUGGAAUUCAAUUUCAAGUGUCAUUUCAGGAUAAAUUAAGUAACACUUAUUAAUUACAAUGGACAGCUUUUAUGGAAAUUCCUAUCAGACCAAUGGAGGUGAAAAAGAUUUUCAGAAAUUGGCUCAAUUGAUUGGCACCAAUAUCCAGAAAAUAUCACAAAAUGUUUCAUCUAUGAAUAGAAUGGUAAACCAAUUAAAUACCGUACAAGAUGCUACAGAAGUUAGAAAACAAUUGCAUCAAAUAUCACAGUACACUCAACAGCUAUCUAAAGAUACUAGUAAUAAUUUAAAGGAACUUAGUGAAAUACGGUCAUAUUCUCAAACAGAUCAGAGACAAUUGAAAAUUCAAAAAGAACGUUUAGCUGAAUCAUUUUCAUCUGCUUUAAAUGCGUUCCAAGCCAUUCACCGUAAAGCAUAUGACAAAGAAAAUGCAGAACUAAUGAAACGUACAAAAGCAUCUUCAUCUACUGGAAAAUUACCUGCACCACCUGGUUCUAAAUAUCAAAAUGGUUAUUCAAACCCAAAUGAAACUCAAAAUGAUCAAACUCAGAUACAAAUUUUAUCUGAAGAAAAUUUACAAGUGGUUGAACAAGAGCAAUCUGUUAGACAACUUGAGAAUGUCAUAUGUGAAGUAAAUCAAAUUUUUAAAGAACUUGGUGCUUUAGUUCAUAACCAAGGUGAAAUGAUUGAUAGUAUUGAAGCUAAUGUACAAAUUACUAAUGUAUCAGUUCAAGAAGCAACUGGUCAAUUGAGACGAGCAAAUGAUUACACUAACAAACUCAGAAAAAAAAGAUUCUAUUUAUUAGUUAUUUGUGCUGUGAUAUUACUUAUAAUUACAUUGACCAUUGUUUGGGGUUCUAAAUAAAUAUGUUAGUGUUGUUAUACUUAUUAUAUUUUAUUUCAGUUAUUCCAUUUUAUUAAUCUACAUAAAAAAGGUAUAUUAUAUAUAUUUAUAAUUUCUAUGUAUGUGUCCAAAGUUUAAAUUGUUUUAAAGUAUUUUUUUUUAUAUAUAUAUAUAUAUCAUAAUAUAAAUGUUAUUCAUUAUAUUAAAAAAAUUACAAUUUAUUAAUUAUUAGAUGUACUUAUGAAGCUGCUUAAAAAAUAUGUUUUUUAGUUAUAUUAUUAUUAUUAUUUUUUUUUUUUUAUUAUUAUUAUUUCUGUUAUGUUAAUAUUUUCAUAUAAUAUUGUAUAAUAUAUAUAAAUAUAUAGGAUUUAUGUAAUGUACAACAUAGGUGAGACCAAACUUUUAUUACAUGAAAUGUUCUAAAAAAGGUCUUUAAAUAUAUAUGAUAUAUUAUUAAUAAUUGUUUAUUAGAACAGUGGUAUAAAUAAUCAUA